AUGAUUGUACUUAAACGUAUAUCUGAAAAAACCGUCAGCACCAUUACCAAAGAAGGCGAGUCAUCUCAAAAAAUUUCUACGCCAAGAAAGAAACGCGUGCAAGAAAAGAAAAUUAUACUAGAUGAUUUUGAUCUGUGUGCAGUUCGAAAUAAAAUACAUGAAAUGUAUACCGUCAGAAAGGAGGUACCGACUUUGGGAAAACUCUUAGCAGAGUUAAAAACUGACAUAAAUUUUCGUGGAGGUCGUACUACAUUGUGGAAAAUUAUCCGACAAAUU